ACGAAAACGGGAACUCUCAUUCGGCGGACAAACGCUUGACGGAACGGAUGUGUGCGUGAUCAGAGAUCGGAUCAGAAUCAGAAUCACAAUCAGAAACAUAAUAAGAACCAAUAUAAGAAUAAGAAAAAGAAUCGGAAUUGGAAUUGGAAUCAGAUCGGUUCGAUUCGGUUCGGUUUGGUGCGGUGCGGUACCCACGAUAUACUAUAUAUACGGAUAAUCAGUUCGCACUUGGCCGGAAGAAGGUGGCAAUUGAGACAACUCAACGCUUUCUGCCAGGCGAAAUAGAAAGAAAACAAAUAAAAGAAGUUCAAGUCAAUCAAUCAGCUAAAAAAGCAAAAGGAGGAAAUUUUCGCCAGUCAACGCGAUCGGGCCAUAAAAACAUUCGAGCCAAGAAAAUAGGAAUUAAUUUAUCUUUUCGCUUUUCGAUUUCGAUCUCGAUUCUGAUUGACAACUGCGAAAGGUUGCCGUGAUUUUUCACACCCCUUCGCGAUAGAAUUGUUUUUUUUUUUUGCAGUGCACAGUGAGUGAGUGAGUGAGAUAGAGUGUGUUGGCUGCAAUAAUCAAAUUUGACAACUGCGCGAAAAACGUUUCGAGAUCAAAACAGUGAAGCUAAAACAAAACAAAUCAAAUCAAAUCGAAAUAAAUGGGCCAAGAAUUCAGUGCGAUUUCCUUUUUUUACUGUGAGCCCCAGAUAUCCACCAAAACAUAUCUCCAUAUAUAUAAAUACAUAUAUAUAGAGCCGAUCCAGUUCGCGAUGACGCACCUGAUGGGUCCGACGGAGUGCGCCAGUGCCAUGAUGACCACCUCGAUGCAGUUCCUGGACACCAGCCUCCCGGAUUACAACUGCUACGCCAACGACUACUGGUCCUCGCCCUACAUGACCGGCGGCCUGAGUCCCAUGAAGCAGAUCGAAGCUUGCAUCCAAACGGCUGGCAAGGAUCGCAGCUCGUACAAGCCGCUGGAGCAGAUCGAUGCCAAGUUGGCGGACAUCGAGACGCACAGUACGGGCAGCACUGGCACCGCGAACAGCAGCAGCAGCAGAAGCCAAUCGCUCUCCAAUCCCAGCUGCCAGGAGCAGUCCGCGUCCCUCCUGCCUCCCGAUUAUCCCGGCGGCCACAGUGAAGCCUCGACGACAGCGACAUCGGCUGGCACAGCAGCCACGUCGACGGGAGGAGGAAGUGCGUCCACGGGAAACAAAAAAUACAAGAGUCAACACAAAAAAGACAACAUCAGUGCGGACAGUAAUGCGGUGAAAAACAACAGCAACAACAUCAGCAAAGGAGAAUCGGAGCCAGUGCAUCCAUCGCUCGCCCAGGCCAUCGUAGUUUUGGAGACAAAGGCGCUGUGGGAUCAGUUCCAUGCCCAGGGCACCGAGAUGAUCAUCACGAAGACGGGUCGCCGGAUGUUCCCUACCUUCCAGGUGAGGAUCGGCGGCCUCGAUCCUCACGCCACCUACAUCUGCAUGAUGGACUUUGUGCCCAUGGAUGACAAGCGGUACCGCUACGCCUUUCACAACUCCUGCUGGGUGGUGGCUGGCAAAGCGGAUCCCAUUUCCCCGCCCAGGAUUCAUGUGCAUCCCGACUCACCUGCCGCCGGCUCCAAUUGGAUGAAGCAGAUCGUGUCCUUCGACAAGCUGAAGCUCACAAACAACCAGCUGGACGAAAAUGGUCAUAUCAUUCUGAAUUCAAUGCAUCGCUAUCAGCCCCGAUUCCAUUUGGUGUAUUUGCCGCCGAAAAAUGCGUCCUUGGAUGAAAAUGAGCACUCCAGUCACUUCCGCACUUUUAUCUUUCCUGAGACGAGCUUUACGGCCGUAACUGCCUACCAGAAUCAGCGGGUGACACAGCUGAAGAUCUCCAGCAAUCCAUUUGCCAAAGGUUUUCGGGAUGAUGGCACCAAUGAUGUAACAACUGGUGGUGGCAGCAGCAUGUCCUCCAUGAGCCACGAAAGUCAGGCUCGCAUGAAGCAACAGCAGCAACAACAGCAACUGCAGCAGCAGCAGCAACUGAAGGAGCGAACGGCGGCAACUGGCAACUUCAGCCUGAGUUGCAGCGACUUGGGCGUGGAGCAACAGCAGCAGCAGCAACAGCAACAGCAGCAGCAACAGGGAGCAAUCCUGCAACUGCCGGCAACGCCCUCCAGCAGCUCCACCUCCGGCAACUCCCCCGAUUUGCUGGGCUACCAAAUGGAGCAGCAACUCCAGCAGCAGCAGCAGCAGCAGCAACAACAUCAGCAACACCAGACGAACCAGCAGCAGCAACAUCUCCACCAGCAACAUCAGGCGAACCAGCAGCAAUCGCUGCUGCAACAGAGCCAGAAUCAGACCCAGUAUGGAAGUUAUCAUAGCCAUGGCUAUCAGCCACAACAUCAGCCCCAUUCCCAUUCCCAUCCCCAUCCCCUCACCCCGCACUCCACCAGUUCCGCAUCUCCGCCGGCAACUGCCACAGCAGGAACUGCAACAGCGGCAGCAGCAGCAGCAGCAGCAACAGCAGCAACAUCAAUCGGCACGGGAGCAACACAAGUGAUGACUGCGGCCAAUAUUUACUCGAGCAUUGGUCAACCUUAUGCCCAGGAACAGAGCAAUUUUGGUGCCAUUUACCAUCAUAAUGCGGCUGCUGCUGCGGCCGCCCACUAUCACCAUGGCCACGCCCACGGGCACGCCCACAGCCACGCCCACGGCCCAUAUGCCAGUGCGUACGACAAGCUGAAGGUGUCGCGUCAUGCGGCAGCCGCCGCCUACGGAAUGGGUGCCACCUAUCCAAGUUUUUACGGAUCGGCGGCCCAUCACCAGAUGAUGCGACCUAGCAGCUACAUAGAGAUGGUGCCACGCUAAACGCAAUGUCUGGGCAUCAGGGAAUCCGGGGAUUUCGGUUUCAUUUCACAUAUUCUUUAAAAUAACCCACAACUUGCCUGUAAAAAUUAUUUAAUACUCUAAAUUAAGAAUUAUUCGUCGGUACAUUGAAACAGAAACAAAUAUUCCUGCCAAAGCUAAAUAGAUCUGAAGCCAGAAAAUAGUUCUAAAAUCAAGAAUUUUUAUCAAAAAGAAUAAUACGGUGAAAACAAAAAAAAAAAUAUAGCUUCGAUUAAAUUUUAAAUAUUUGAGAUAAAAUAAUAAAUAAAAUAAUUUGUACUUACAUUUUGUUAAGCAUUUUUGUACGCAACAAAAAUAUAUAAAUAUAUGCUACUCCGCUUACAAAUCUACAGUCAAGACUAGUUCUAAAAAUCAACGAAAUUUGAUAUUUUUUUAAUUUAAGGAAGAUUAAUUGAUACGCUCAAAAUCUAAAUGUUGAAAACCCUUAAAUUGACUAAUAUUUUGAUUUGGAGCCAAAAAUAAAAAAAUUAUAAUAUUCAAACGAAUGCAUAGAGAAAUAAAGGUUCCAAUAUCAGUUUUAAUACAUAUUGUGUAUUUAAAUCUUAAGAUCUACAUUUGCAACAAGAAAUCUCUACUUGAUUUUAGAAUUAAUUUGUUUAAGCUAGUGCAGGAUUCAAGUAUUAGCAGCCAGAAAACCAAA